ACAAAAUCGUUACAUGAGGUAUGAAUUCUUAAAAAAUUCAGCACUGCAGCCACGGACCGCCUCGCUCGCGUGACUGUCAUGGCUGCUGUCAGCACACAUCCAUCAGCCAUAAGGGUGUCAGCAUCACAUCCACACGUCGGCUGACACUCGAACCUAUAACAUGUCUGAUGGCGCUCGAGCUUUGGGCGCCUCUAACGUCAUCUACGUCUUCCCUACAAUCUCUCCACAGAUCGUGGUGAUCCCGAUCGUGUCGUGCAUCAUCGUCUUUCCGAUCGUGGUUCUGAUCGUGAUUUGCGCGCUGCGCUACCGUGCGAUGCGCGCACGACGCUUCGACAAACUUACACGAGGGCGACGCCUGGCGCUGACAGGCGAGCACGAGGCGCGGGCGGCGCUCGACGCCUGUAAGGACGGCCGACCCUUCGUGCAGUGCAAGAACGGCAGGAGGAAGACUGUCGUGAGGUUCAAACCAAUGCCAGAGCUUGACCUGGACACGGUAGUGGAGGAACGAUCAGAGUUUGACGCAGAAGUGAACGCCAUGGAGCUGCUACAGGCGCCCCAGGACCCCAGCAAGCUGUGUGUCAUCAACCACCCAAUCUCCUUCCGGAGUUUCCGGUUCGGUUAUGGCGCCUCCGGCCUACCGCUUAAAAGAACCAGCCAUUACGAAAGGCCCAUCGGCUCUCCCAAGCCGAAGCGAGCGAGAGAAGCGAGUGAAAACACAGAAACUUCUACGGAUAAAAAAACAAGUGAACAAGGGACUGCUGCAAGAUCAGUGACUACAAACACGGCCUUAGAAACACCGUCACCCUUUGCUGAGCUGCCGCUGCUCACGACAGACGUCGAUAACAACAUCGUGACUUCAGAUUCAGCGCCGUUAAACUGUACUCCUGAAGUUAAUGCCCUCUCCUACGAUAAAAGUGAGUCAUUAGAAUAUAAAUCUUGUAUUGGCUCGGGUGCAGGGAGCGAAGGGUCUUUUGUUAUACCGAGCGUCUCAGUGCAAUCCUAUCGUGAAGAUGUCAGCUCCGAGGAAUCUUUCUCAUACAUUGAUAAAUCUGAAGAAGUGCAACUUGUGAACGAGCUUUCUAAUUCAGCAGUGAGACUAUCCACGGUCGGUUAUCAAAGUAAAUUAGCUUCUACUGAAUCAACUCAUGUACAUACAUCACAACUACCUAGAAGAACGAGUAUAUCGGAUUCGAUUUGCCCACUAAAAUCUGGAGACGAUUUCGAUCACCAGAAUUUUUGUCAUCGUAAAAACGCCUCACCACCACGAACUCAACUCGGCCAGACUGGGCCUCACGCCUCCCCAUUUCGAAGUCCACUCGGCACGACUGGGCCUCACACCUCCCCAUUGCGAAGUCCCCUCAGCACGACUGGGCCUCACGCCUCUCCAUGGCCAAGUCCACUCAGUACGACUGGGCCUCACGCCUCCUCAUUACGAAGUCCACUCAGCACGACUGGGCCUCACGCCUCCCCGUUGCGAAGUCCGCUCGGCUCAACAAUGCCUCACGCCUCCUCAUUACGAAGACCACUCGGCACGACUGGGCCUCACGCCUCACCAUUAAACAGGAGCAGAAGGCGUCAAGUGAGCCAUAAACCGACACAUUUGGACGAUCCCCUCGACAACCGCCAAAUCAUCCAAAUCCGUCGUAGCAACGGCGAUGAUGACAUUAAAUUAUCAAAUGAUCAGAAUUAUGCCUCCAUUUCUACCCUCAAUAAUAGUGAUGACGACAAUAAAUUCAUCAUUCCACUUCAUGAAAGCAGUUCCCCAGAUUUAAUGGUUGUAAGAAAUAGUACAGGCUUCUUGGUCUCGGACAGUGACAGCAGUGCUGUUAAUUCCGUCGUCAGCGAAACUUUUCCUAGUGAACCCAAUAAAAACUUAAGUGGUUGUGAUGACGUGACAGAUAUUAGAACUUGUCUGGGCAAGUGUGAUGAGAGCGAUGGUGAUGAUAGUGAUGGCGACGAGGUUUAAUCAUCAUCGAGGUUAAAAGAGCGAUGGUGACGAGGUUUAAUCAAGACAUCACACUGUUAGAAAAAUUACCGUUAACGGUAUUACCGGCGUU